CCCUGAAAAUGGAAGAAAUGUUGCCGUUUGGUCCCAAAUCGAACUCGGUGAACCGGACUGUCAUGCUUCGCUCGUGCGUUUGUUCUGGAAGGAUUCUCUCUCUCUCUGUCUCUCCUGACUUCAGAGGAUAUAAAGCUUCAUGGUGAAACUCGGCUCCUCUCUGCUCCAAGCUGCAGCAUCAUGACUAACUCUUCACAGGUCCUAUAUUUCACUCUGACUGCCUACUUUGACAUUGGGAGUUUGAAAUACCUGUACUUUAUGAUGGUGAUGUGUUUCUAUGUCCUGAUUGUUGGCUCCAACGUCCUGCUGAUCGUGGUGAUCAGUGUGAACCGGAGCUUGCAUGAACCCAUGUUCCUGUUCCUCUGCAGCCUGUUUGUGAACGAACUGUUGGGCAGUUUGGGUUUGUUCCCCUUCCUGCUGGUCCAGAUCCUCUCUGAUGUUCACUAUGUUUCUGUUCCUCUCUGCUUCCUGCAGAUCUUCUGUGUUUACAGUUAUGCAGCAGUUGAAAUUUUGAACUUGGCCGUCAUGUCUUAUGACCGCUAUGUGGCCAUCUGUUUUCCUCUGCAGUACAACUCCACCAUGACGGAUAGGAAGGUUGCGUUGCUCAUUGCUCUGACCUGGGCGUUGCCUGUUCUGGCCACUGUGGUUCUGGUGUCGCUCAGCGCCCCGCUGCGGCUCUGUGGGAACGUCAUUGAUAAGGUUUUCUGUGGAAAUUUCUCCAUCGUUAAGCUGAGCUGCUCUAAUACCAGCGUUAACAACAUUUACGGUCUGGUUCUGACGGUCGUCUCCAUCGUCGCUCCACUCGUUUUAAUCCUCUUUACCUACGGAAAGAUUCUGGAGGUGUGUUUCCGUGCUACCAAACAGACACGGCAGAAAGCCGUCAGCACCUGCACGCCCCACCUGGCCUCCAUCCUGAACUUUUCUUUCGGCUGCUGUUUCCAGAUCCUGCAGAGCAGGUUUGACCUCAGCGGGGUGCCUCCGGUGCUGGCCAUCGUUUUGUCGCUUUACUUCCUGACCUGCCAGCCGCUCUUCAACCCGGCGCUGUACGGCCUGAAAAUGGCCGCCAUCCGAGACUCGUGUAAACGUUUGUUAUGUGGGGAAAACUCGGCUCCUGCAGCAGCUUUUCAUGCCUGAGAGCCUCCAGCUUGAUUCUUUUAGCUGUUUUCAACCUCAGGUUAUUACUCACAUUAAAGAAGUUUUUGUUUUCAUUUAUUACUUAGAUGCUAAAUAUGACAUUUUAAAAGGUACAAGUUUAACAGUAAAACUUUUUGUCAUUUAUUUUUCUUACUUUGUAGCAAUGAAUAACAAAAAAAAAACAGACCAAAAACAUAAGAAAUUUACAUAAAACAGCAUAAAAAUUAUAAAGAGGAAAUAUCCAAAUUACCAGACUUUUGCAAACAAUAUUAGAACCUGAAGAGACAUUUGAACAAUAGUGCGUUUGGGCCAUUGAUAGAAAAAGAUUGAACUCCCCCAACCCCAAAAGCAAAACAUGGGAAUGUCUGAGUGUGAAAAGUCAAAAGUUUUCUGGAAAAACUUAACUGAUUUUUUUAACCUAAGAAGUCACUAUUGUAGUGAUCAAUGAGACUAAAGAUAAACGCAAGGAUGAGUCUCUGUAGAUCUUGAUGACACAUUACAAAUGUUCUCCAGGUGACAGAAGGCUGACUGUAGCCGUUUUUAUGUGGCUCUGAAUGUUCAGGUCAAAGGUCAGUCUGAU